AUUAUAGCCUGGUCAUUUCUGUGUCAGAGGGCAAACGGACAAAAUCAGCAGGGGAUCAAAUACGUAUUUCCCUCACUGUAGUCAUAAUCCUCUGUGGGGCAGUUCUAGACUUGAUUCUAAUGGAAAGGUUUUGGAGGCGUUCUGUGCUGACCAUAGUUUUGUGAUUCUUAAUGAUGACAUUCCGACCAGGUUUGAUUCUAGUUCUGGACGGAUGUCUUUUUUGGAUUUGGGAAUAGUUUCUAGCUCAAUAGCUGGGAAAUGUUCUUGGGAAGUUCUAUCUGAUCUUCAUAUGGGAAGCGACCAUCUUCCUACCUUAUUGCAGUUUGGAGAGCAGGGGCUUUUUGAGCAGCUCUCCUUGGGCCUUCGUUGGAAUUAUACGAAGGCUGACUGGAAUCUGUUCCAGACCUCCUGUACACGGGAGUUGGCGUUGGCCCCAGCCUCAGCUCCAGUAGAGGAGCUCGCUGACAUUGUUUCGUCUGGUGUCUUUAGGGCAGCCUCUCUUGCUGUUCCCAGAUCUGGAGCUCGGGGUACAUCCCGUCGUUUGGUCCCCUGGUGGUCAGAGGAUUGUAAACUGGCUGUCCAAGCACGGAAUCGUGCUUUUAGGAAAGCUAAACGUACUAUGUCUGGGGCUGAUCUGCUUGUAUACAAGCGUUUGAGGGCUAAAGUGAAGUUGGUUGUUCGGUUGGCGAAGAGGAAGAGCUGGAGGUCCUAUUGUGACAGGUUGUCAGUAGACGUUCCUGUUGGGAACGUCUUUAGGCAGAUUCGGAAGAUGAAUGGGGUUUAUCCAAAGAUGAGAGGUGUUCCUGCUUUGGUGUUGGCAGAUGGCUCUGUUUCUGUUUCGGAUGUGGAAAAGGCUGAAACGCUUGCUGAUUUAUUUCAACAAGUUGGUAGCUCGGAAAAUAGGCCGGCUUCCUUUGUGCAACGUCAGGCGGCCUUCUUGGAAAGUAACAGGACAGUUUUUGACGUGUCUGCUCCUUAUUUGGAAUGUGAGCUUGAUGCAUUUUUUUCUCAUUGGGAGCUUCGUAGGGCUAUAUGUCUAGGGAGGCGGUCGGCCCCCGGUGAGGAUGGCAUCAGUUAUGAAAUUCUUCGACACUUACCUGAGGACUCAGUUCAGCUUUUGUUAUGAUUAUAUAACCUGAUUUGGGAGGCGGGUGUUGUUCCACUAUCCUGGAAAGAUGCCAUCGUGGUUCCUGUGAGCAAACCGGGCAAGAAUUUGUCGGAACCAACGUCCUAUCGCCCCAUAGCUUUACUUUCUUGUUUCUGUAAAUUCAUGGAACGGAUGAUUAAUGAUCGCCUGAUGUCGUAUCUUGAAGAAUAAGUUGCUUACAGACUUUCAGAGCGGCCUUCGGAAGGGUCGUGGCACUUUGGACCAGUAGGUGGCGUUAGUGGGAUAAUACGGUCCUGGUACGCCAUUACCAUCCACAGGAAGAAGAAGAAGAAGAAGGAUGUGAUGUGGAAGCCCCCGCCCAGGGGAGGCAAGGUGGCUCGGCGGGGAGCGAUGCGGUCGGGGUGCGGGGGCAGCGGGGGCUCCAGCGGAGCGCUGAGGCUCAGCUCUGCUGUUUAAUUCUGUGGGAGUUCUUCCAUGUAAAAACAGUUUGUGGUCUAAAGUUGAAAAGAGAUGGCCUGUGAAACAGACUUUUCCUUCAGGAAGUUGAUACCUGGGAUUCAUAUGGACUAAAGGUUCAGUAACGACUAUAAUGGAAAAAUCAUGGCUGCUUUGGACUUUCAUUGAGAAGUGGCUACUUACCUUGGUGUCGUGGUCCUGGGGUCUUUGCCGUAUUUCUCUGUUACCUUUGAUAGUAACCUUUCAUUUGUAUGGAGGCAUGAUAUUACCUCUGUUAAUAUUUGUAUCUAUAGCAGGUAUUCUGUAUAAAUUCCAGGAUGUGCUGCUUUAUUUCCCAGAGCAGCCCUCUUCAUCGCGGCUUUAUGUUCCCAUGCCUACUGGUAUCCCACAUGAAAAUAUCUUCAUCAAAACCAAAGAUGGCGUGUUGCUCAAUCUAAUUCUUCUCAGAUUCACAGGAGACAAUUCCUCAUAUUCGCCUACUAUCAUUUAUUUCCAUGGAAAUGCAGGAAACAUUGGUCACAGACUUCCAAAUGCUUUAUUGAUGCUGGUGAACUUGAAAGUAAACUUAUUGCUGGUUGACUAUAGAGGCUAUGGAAAAAGUGAAGGAGAAGCAAGUGAAGAAGGUAUCUAUUUAGAUUCUGAGGCUGUGCUAGACUACAUAAUGACUAGAUCUGAUCUUGAUAAAACAAAAAUCUUUCUGUUUGGCCGUUCCUUGGGGGGAGCAGUCGCUAUUCACCUAGCAUCUGAGAAUUCCCAUAGGAUUUCUGCCAUCAUGGUGGAGAACACAUUCCUUAGCAUCCCACAUAUGGCCAGCACUCUGUUUUCUUUCCUCCCAAUGAGGUACCUUCCUUUGUGGUGCUAUAAAAACAAGUUUCUGUCCUACAGAAAAAUAUCUCAUUGCAGAAUGCCUUCACUCUUCAUCUCUGGGCUCUCUGACCAGUUGAUUCCUCCCGUUAUGAUGAAGCAGCUUUAUGAACUUUCUCCUGCUCGGACUAAAAGAUUGGCAAUAUUUCCAGAUGGAACUCAUAAUGAUACUUGGCAGUGCCAAGGCUACUUUACUGCACUUGAACAGUUCAUCAAAGAAGUGAUAAAAAGUCACUCCCCUGAAGAAAUGGCAAAAAUGUCAUCUAAUGUAACAAUAAUAUAACUGUAACUCCAGUCUCUUUCAUACAACUACUGUACCUGGAUUUGUGAAAAGUGGUAAAGAAUGUCCAUUUUUAAUUUAAAAAAAUGUGUAUUCUGUCCAUAUUUAUCUGAAGAAUGAAAUUAAACAUAGAAAGGUCUAAUAACUUAUGAUCCAUAUAGUUUUUACACAGCACUGUACAUGAAUGAACACUUCUACAUGCUUUUGAUAAAGCUAGUCUGAAUUUCCAUUUCUUAGAUCAAGACACAUUAAUAAACUUGUUGCUAAGCAACUGUGUUACACUGGUUUAAGGAAGGAGCAAAGCUACGAUAUAUAGUGUAUGCUUUGGCUCUAUAACUAAACAUGGUUAGCAAAACCAUAUUCUGUAGCCAGUGCUUUGAUGUGCAUGAUUAACCCCCGAAUGGUUAUGUUAUGCAUGACUGCAAUUGUGUGGUGUGCUUAAGACUGUAAAUAGCACUAAGGGAAAUACAUAUCAUUCGGUAUGGGAUGGCUUGCAGCCAAAUUAAGGACAAGUGAAGAAAGGUGCAUUUAAAAAUUAAUGCCAUCUAGUCACAAAAACAGACAUAUUGUUAGAGUGCAGGUUGCUGUGUUUGCUCUCCUUAUACUAGAAGAAUAACUCCUCCUUUUUUGAACACUUAUGGGUUGUGCCUCUUAUGGGCAUUCCACAAAAGUCCACAUGUGGAAAAUAGAGCUAUCGAACAGUCCAACUGAACUUUUAUUCUGUAUUGAAAUGUUAAUAAUAAAACAUGGAUCUGGUUGAUCCAGACAAAUGGGAGAAAGUAAAACUAUAAGUCUACAUUUAUCUCUGCUUUUCCCAUGCAAAACUAUUUAUUGAAAACAUUUGUAAAGGCUUUCUUUGAGGAGAGUAAUCAAUAUAUGGUGCGCAAGCAUUUUUUCUCUCUGCAGAAGUUUUGUGUAAAGCUAGUUUUGUUCUUUGUUUUGCUUAAUCAUAUGAUUGUCCAUAUUGUGCUACAAGACUUAAGAGUGUAACACGAAUAUGAAGUGUUCUUGUCACUGAAGACCAAAAUCCUAAGCAUGCUUAUCAGGAAGGAAGUCCCAUCAGACUCAGUGGGACUUAUUUUCGAGUAAAUAUGCUUAAUAUACGCACAUACUAAUACAGCUUAGUAUAUGCUAUAAGAGUGCCAAAGUAAAUGAGGAUGAUGUAAUGACAAGAGUAUUAAGUAAUAUUGGAGCUUGAUCUUGGCUAUACUUGACCGCAAUCAAAUUACUUGCUCUACAAGGAGAUAUAAAGUUGUGUUUAUUUACAAACUGCAUAUAAUAUAAAAACUGUUUUUCUUCUUCAGGGAAAAAACAUUCUACCUAUUUAGGCUACUUCUUGAAUCUUUUUUCCAAAAGAGCUUUCUGCUACUAAUCUUUUGGACCAGAUUCAAGAUACAUUUAACUUUAAAACAGUUCUUCCUCAAAUGGUGCUGUCAGCAGUAGAAAUUAAGCUAUUCUGCACAUGCAUGUAUUUACAGGAAGCAGAAAAAUGAUUAGAAAUAAUUUUAUUAUCUACUUGGAGAUCCCCCCCCGCCCGCCCGUCAUUUCAUCUGAUAUAAUAGUUUCCUGACUUCCAGCUUCUCCUUUCACUAAUGUAUCCUUUCAACUUUUUACGUUAUGGAAAUAUUGCAGAUGAUAUCCUAGAAACAUUUGCCUUCUCUUUCGUGCCAUUUCUCUGAUUUGGAAACAUUCUUCUAGAAUCUUAUGAAGAAUAAAUGCAUCUGCUCACCAUCCUGAUCCCAAACAUUUAUGCACCAUGAGGUGUAUUAUCAUGUCAUCAGCUAUGCUAAUGCAGUGGCACAGAGCAUGAGGUUAAGCAGUAAUAUGUUAAUAGAACCCCAGAUAUUUAGGAUUGGGAUGCAGUUGGGAUGAUGAUUAUUUUGGAAGAGAUGUUUGUAGCAGUGGUGUAGCUUAUUGAUAAGACACUUGUGAAUGUCAUGUUUUUCAUGUGCAUUUGAGUGUUAUGCACUUCUAUGCUUUAAGCUUGUUAAAAAAAAAAAAAAAAGAGGGCGGGGUGGCUUCUUGAAUAGUCCAUGUCCUAAAGCAGCUGAGUCUGAUACCUCAAACUUAGUUUUGAAAUUAAUGGUCACUUCCAGAAAGGUUAUCUAGUUUGGAAUGCAAAAGGGCAUGUCUUUUUCCAGAUAUAUCAUCAGCCUAAAUGGGCAACAGAAGCUCAUGCUUUAGUAAGUAAAGUAAGUAUGUGUGAAAGACUAGAGUCUGAUGCUCAUAUGCCGUUCAUGUUUGUGUUCUGCAAUGAGCAUUGUUUAGAAACUGUGCAAGAAGCCUUGGACUCCAAGUAGUACCCUGCCAAAGUUCUAUACAUUAACCCUUCCAUUUAAAUCAUUUGCUCCCCAAAACAGUUUAUUGCAAGACUAUACUCAAGUAAAGUUAACAAAAAUAGCACAAGUUUAUUGGGGCCAAUUGUAAUGGUAGAUAUAUUGACUAGAACUUAUUCAUACGUAUGAUAUUCUACUUCACUAACAAUCCCUUAAUCGGUAAUAGGCACCAGCUGAAGAUCUGUUCUAUACGAGGUUGCAAAUCUAAGCUCUGUCUUGGAAAUAAGUUUCUUUAAAAUACAAAUAAAUGCAUUUAGGGGAGAAGUGCAUUUUAGUGCCCCUGUUUAUUUAUGAGCCCCUAUUUGUUUGCUUAUUGUGUCUUUUGCCCCCCUCCCCCAUUUAAAUCCAUAAAGUUCAGUUAAAGAAAUACAGGAAAUAAAGUGUAGGGUUGUUGGUUUUUUGUUUUUUUUAAACUAUUCUGAAAAAUAGCAUGCAAGUUUAUAGGAGAACCCUUGCCAAAAGCUACAUCUAUACCUCCUUCAUGCAAAGGAGUUCCAGUUAGAACAAUGUAUUUAAGAUACAGAUUGGGCUCCAGUCCUACCCAGACUUGCUAGAAAAGUAAGUAGCGCUGAAUUUAGUCAGACUUGUAAGUAAACAUGUUUAGGAUCAGACUUGGUUCUCAAAUGUUUCAGUGGGUGUGGUUUUUUCCUCCUACAGAUGAAAAAAGCGAGAAGCUCUGCUUGUCAUUGUGUGUGGUUUUUUAACCUAAGCAUUAAUGUUAUUGUAUAAGUGCGAAUAAAAGAAGCACUUACAUUUUCAUUCUAAUCUAGUUUCUACAGUAUAUUGAUUUUCCUUUUGCAAAACUUCUAUUUUUAUGUACUGACAUAUGCAAUAAAUUGAUACAUCUAAAAUUGC